UCAGCGACAUCAUAACGCCAUUGAAACUUUAAGUGUGCACAACCGGCAGCGCAAGCAGACUUCAAAUAAUUUUCAAUUUAAUUUUUCAAUAAAUAAAAUCUACCAAAAACCUAAAUAAGAUGAAAUUUUUGCUAACUCUCUGUUUUGCCGCCUGCUUUAUUGCAACACUGCAAGCUGCAGCUGUGGACAGCACCACCGCACAACCUAAGGCCGCCGAGGCAGCUGAUGCCUCAACAACUGUGGCGCCAACCGAGGCCUCGGAUGUCGUGGAAGAAUGCCAUCAACCCAAGGAGACCGGUCGCUGUUUUGGCCUUUUCUACCGUUACGCCUACAAUGUAGAGAACCGUCAGUGCGAGGAGUUCGUUUAUGGUGGCUGCAACGGCAAUAAGAAUAAUUUCGAGAGCAAGGAGGACUGCGAAGCCAAAUGUUUGGCUGCCAAAAAAGACGAAGCACCCAAGGAGGCGGAGGAGGGUGAGGAGAGCUCCACCUUAGCUAAGGAGGGCGAUGAGGCCGCACCUGUGGUGCCUGUAGUUGAGGCAAAACCAGUUGCAGAGGAUUGAGGUCUUUUACCUUAGAUGAAAAAGUGAAGCUUUAUGAAAUAUGAGUAUUAUAGUCUUGCGGAUUUUAAGGAAAAAAAAAACAAAAAGAA